AUGGAACCAUCCACGGCUGCCGGCUCUCUCUACGCCCUUGCAUUGCUGGACUUCGGCAGUGAUGGAACAGCUGCGGCCUUGGCUUCGACUGCACUUCCCCGAUGCCUGGGCCAUGCCUCACAGCAGGAGCUCGUGAACAUCACCUUUGCCCUCGUGGUUCUGGAUCUUCCCCAGGGGGAACUCUUCUCCUUCGCGCUCCAGCGCCUUGCAAAACAGGCACGUGGCUUGGAGCCCAUCGCGAUACAUGCCUUGCGUAUCGUGGCCCAUUGCGUGCAGCUGCCUCAAGCUCUGCGUCCGCUGAUGCGUGCUUCCGUCGAGGACACGGAAGUCCGGCGCCGUUGCGUCGGAGCGCUGCGGGAGGUCCUCACAGCUACCAAAGAUGUGGCAAUUGGGUCUCCACCCAUGAGCUCUCGGCUCCAAGCCGCCCUGGAGCGCUACUUCCAAGAGCUGCAAGUACCCCACCUGCCCGAGCAGGCUGUUGGCCCCUAUGUGCCGGACUUUGUGUUGCCGAUGAAGGUAGCGGUGGAAGUGGAUGGCUACACGCACUUCUACGCUUUUUCCCAGCGCAUGACGGCCAAAUCAAAGCUGAAGCGGCGCGUGCUGGAAGCUUUGGGCUGGGGUGUUGUCAGCCUGCCGCACUUCCAAUGGCUGCCGAUGAAUCACCAGGACCGGCUCGUGUGCCUCUCGAACAAAAUCUCCGUGGCAGCAGGGCAACCCUUCUCUGUCGUGAGGAAAGCUUCUCUGCAAGGUUUUGGCCAUCGACCUCUGCGACGCGGUACGCGGCAACGCUUUGCUCAACAGGACAAGCCUCCGGGCAGGGGCCAGUUUGCACCCACUUCGAGACGCUGA